GCCGGGCCUGCGUUCCCUGGCGUCUGGGCGUGGCCAGGCCCGCCACACCCAGCGCGCGGCGCGCCCUCCUUACCGGGCUCGGUCCGGCCCCCGUCUCGACCGUCAGCCGCCGUGCCUCCCGGUUGCGCCGGCUGUUGGGCCCGCCUCCGACGACGUGGAGCGCCGCUGAGGCCGCACAUUUAUAAAAGAUGAAAGUGGCCUUAUCAGCUUUGGAUACUUGUGAGAGUUCCUUCACGCCUUUGGUAGUCCUAGAACUUGCUCCGGAUGUCAAAGAAGAAACCAAAGAAUGGCUGAAAAACAAAAUUACCUCUAAAAAGGAAGAUGGAGGUGCCCAGCUGCUGUUUAGACCAUUGUUAAAUAAAUAUGAGAAAGAAACACUAGAAAAUCAGAACUUGUAUCUUGUCAGUGCCUCCAAGAUGACGUUGUUACUGGGGGCGGAGGCAGUGGGUCUGGUGAAGGAGUGUAAUGACAACACUAUGAGAGCCUUCACGUACGGAACCCGCCAUAACUUCAAAGAUUUUGAUGAUGACAAUGAUGACUUCCUUACAAUGGCAGAAUGUCAAUUCAUUAUCAAACAUGAACUUGAAAAUCUUAGAGCCAGAGAUGAAAAGAUGAUCCCUGGUUACCCCCAGGCAAAGUUGUAUCCCGGAAAGUCGUUACUGAGAAGAUUACUCACUUCCGGCAUCGUGACUCAGGUGUUCCCACUGCAUGACCAUGAAGCCUUGAAGAAGCUGGAGGACACCUGGUACACUCGGUUCACCUUCAAGUACCAGCCCCUCGAUGAUAUUCGUGGCUACUUUGGGGAAACAAUUGCUCUCUACUUUGGAUUUUUGGAAUAUUUCACUGUUGCCUUAAUCCCCAUGGCAGUCAUUGGGUUACCUUACUACUUAUUUGUAUGGGAAGACUAUGACAAGUAUGUGGUCUUCGCCUCCUUCAACCUCAUCUGGUCCACCGUGAUCCUGGAAGUGUGGAAGCGUGGGUGUGCUACUAUGACCUACAGGUGGGGGACGCUCGUCAUGAAGAGACAGUUUGAGGAGCCCCGGCCAGGAUUCCACGGGGUCCUGGGUAUCAACCCAGUCACUGGCAGGAAGGAGCCUGUCUACUCCAGCUACAAGAGGCAGUUGCGCAUUUACCUGGUCUCUCUGCCGUUCGUGUGCCUCUGUCUCUAUUUCUCUCUGUACGUCAUGAUGAUUUACUUUGACAUGGAGGCCUGGGCCUUGAGUCUGCACGAGGAUAGCGGAUCCGAGUGGACCAGUGUCGUGUUGUAUGUGCCCAGCAUCAUCUAUGCCAUCGUGAUUGAGAUCAUGAACCGCCUCUACCGAUAUGCUGCUGAGUUUCUGACCUCAUGGGAGAAUCACAGAUUGGAAUCUGCCUACCAGAAUCAUCUAAUUCUGAAAGUUUUAGUGUUCAACUUUCUGAACUGCUUUGCCUCGCUCUUCUACAUUGCGUUUGUCUUGAGGGACAUGAAGCUGUUGCGUCAGGCUCUGUUCAGAGGCCUCGGGCGGGACAAGGAGGAGCAAGCCUAG